UCCAGGCCUGACAACUUUCUGGUACGUUUCCGGUGCCAAACUGGGUAGUUUUCGCCUUGUAAAAACUUGGAAAACAUAUAUUUUGAUACAUUAUGGACGAAGAUUCAUCAUUUCGUUGUCGAAAGUGUCGACUGAAUCUUUUUUCCGUCAAGCAACUUGCAUCUCACAAAGAUCAAAAGGAGAGAGACAGACGUGGGGCAGGUCAAAUAGAUUUGUUCAGUCACGAGAAAUGUUCUUCCUGGUUCUUAGAAGAUGAUGAAAUGCUUCCUUGGGUCCGUGAUAGCGUGGAAGAGGCUCAAUGGACCGAGGGAAAAUUGUAUUGCCCCAAAUGCAAGAGUCGAAUAGGAGCUUUUGACUUUAUUCAUGGAAUACACUGUAACUGUGGAAGGUUUAUUAUCCCAGCUGUCUGGAUUCAAAAAAGUAGAGUUGAUCUUAUUUUGCCCACAAGUCAGAUGACAAAUUUGGAUAUCAGGAGCCCUUCAAUAUCUUUCAAUCAGUCUACAAGGAACUCUUUUGGCAAAACUGCAGAACUACAAAAUAAUAUAACCAAAUCUUUUGUUGGAAAUAUUAGUGAGUUUGAUUGCACAGACUUCAGGGGAAAUACAGAUACAACACAGAUUGCAUCAUCCUCAGUAUUCUCAGUGGUAGAUGCCAAUGGCAGACUUGUGGAUAGUGAGGGGAAUGACAUUAGGCACUGCAUUGAUGAAGGAACAUCUUCAUGCAAUUCAACAUCAGAUAUCGUGAUGGAAAACAUACCCAGUUCUCUCAAAAUGCUAGCAUAUAAGUUUAGCUCGCGCAAGAGAGAGAUAUCUACAUGUACUGUGCAGCAAGAUAUUUGUCCAAACACUUCUCAUCUAACUGGGUUAUGUCCCAUUCAUAACUGUAAACAAUGUUGCAAUAUCAGAUUGCAUGAACCUUAUUCUGGCUUAGAAGCAGAAACCUCGUUAAACACUGCUCAAGAUGAGGCCCAGGAGUUAGUGCCCCAGCAUACAUGUAGAUUUGGCUGUGCACUGCAUUGUGAUUCCUCUAAAGCUACAAAGUUAAAUUCAAACACAAGUAGAGCAAGGGGCAUUUUAAAUGACAAGGAAACUUAUAAGCAGAGAUCCAGAAGGAAAACAAAGGGACGGCAUCAAAUAUUACCAGAAGCUAAUAAUUUACUAGACAUAACAACUGACCAGAGGGAAGAGAAGUCAUCUAUUUGCCAAUUUUCAGAUCAAACGACAUACUACAGUUGCUUGCCAGUUGAUGAAGUUUCCAGUGAGCCUUUAUGUAAGACAGUGGAAAACAAGACUAUUUCAGUAGAAAUCCAAGAUCACCAUUGCUGUGCUGUGUGUCUGGAUCUGUUUUACGAGCCUUUUAAAUGUUCUUGUGAUCAUGUGUUCUGUGACCCAUGCUUACGACAGUUAAACUUCAGGACCAGCAGUAGAGGCUCAGUAAGAUGCCCUUUGUGCCGGCAAAUAGUCGAACAAUUAACACCAGCAACAGAACUAAGAAAUGAGAUUAGGCAGACUUAUGAUCCCCAGCUACUUAGGAAACGUGACAAAGUUGAGCGUCGAGCUGCGUACAGAAAAUGGCCCCUCCCUGCUAACCAGGGGCCGUUACGGCGAAACACGUCACACACUCGGCGAAGUGUCACGCUACCUUGUAUCAUCUACAUCUUUCUGAUAGGUGCAAGCAUGUAUAUGCUUCUGUUGAUCGCUCUUCUUUCAAAUUUGACUACAAAUAAUGUAAUAAGUUUGUAUUAAGGAUGGAUUUCUAAAGAUGACAUGAAAAGGAGUUUAGUGUUGUAACAUAAUUUGAGAAUGUAAAGAGCAUGUGUGGUUUUUAAUAUGGUAUCGUGUAAAGGGCGCAAAAUAGCCAUAAAGAAACGUUUCAGUGAAAUGAUGAUAAGACUACUGCAAGGAAGUUUAUGUAAGUCAUAAAUUAAUGAAAGUAUAUAUAUAUAAACAGUCAAACAUAUGUAUAACAAAAAAGAAAAGUUCGGAUCGACGUUCCCAGCUUUCCCGGGCGGACUGAUCCAUGACAUCGGAGAAUUUGGCUGCUGAUCAAAAGUGCCUUGCUAGAUUGGUCAGUCCCAAAAUUGUGUGUAAUAUUAUGAUGAAUUUUUUUUUUCAAGAUAAAAAGGGGCUCUUCAUUUGUAUAUUGGCCUGUCUUAUACCGGCAAGAGAUAAAGUAGAAAUGAAAGGUAGCUCUUCAAAGUUACCUAGGGCAGCUGGAUUUUGAACAUUACUUGCGGUGAUUUUUACCCUUACCAACUUCAUUCCAAUGUUCAUUUACAAAUACUGUUGCUUAUGGUUAGAGAUGCAAAUCUAGAAUAGUUUAUAAAAUGUAUGGGAAAUAAAUUGAUAUUUCAAAUAUGA